CACAUGACAUGGGGAGAAAGGAGAAAAGAAAAAAAAAAAAAACAGUGGAGGUCGCUGUUGGUCCACCGACGCCACGUGGCUAAACUUCCGCUUAUGGAAACCUCAAACUGGCAUUGUCGCCGACGUUGUUGCUCGGGGAGGCCCUCGAAGGAAAGUCUAUCAAGUGUCAAGCUGUCCGUGUCAUGCUUGACCUCUUCUUGCCGUGGGCGAGUCCCGGCCUCCAGCGGGUGAGGUUCGGUGCCUGCAUCGGCAUGCAGCUUGUUCACUCUUCGGCACGACCCCCAGUCCUGCGAACAACCCCAGCCAGCUUGACGAAGCUGCACAAAGCCGCUGCGGAAAGUGCGCUUUCUAGCUCGCUGGACUUGUUGCAGAUACCACGAGCAGGAUCGCAAGUAACGGUGACGACAACUCCGCCGCUCUACAACUCUAUUUCAAUCAGUCUACCGAGGCCCAGGGUGAGUGCAUGCACGCCCGUGGCGAGCUCAACCAAGCCACUCUUCACAGCUCCCACUUCUAGGUUCUGUCACUUACUUCGCCAGCCUCUGUAAGCACGGCUUUCUACAAGCGCCAACACAUUGAGCGUAUUUUUAGCUCUUUCUCUCAUCAAGUCGGUUAAUAAGGUGCGUGCGACCGCCCUUUGAGAGGGUUGGCCGCCGUCCCCGCCGCAAUUUCAACAUGCAGAGCACAAAAUAUUCGAAUGACGGCCGACCCGACUUCAGCGAAGGCUAUUGCUGCUCAGCGCCAUAGUUCCUCCGCGUGGGGAAUGCACGGUAUCCAGCUGUUCAUCACCGUCCUGCCAAGCAUGAAAGUCUGAACAUCAAACUCUACAGGAGCCCAAGAGCAUUGGAGGCUAUCUAUAUUCGCGUUAAAGCCGGCCUUUAACCGCAUAUGGGUGGGAGCGCACAGGACACGCUGACCUGGGGCCUUCUCUGAGAUAUAAAACGCGCCUUCGUCGCGCUUUGCAGGCCAUCCCCGUCCCACCCACCCUCCACAACCAUGCUCAGCAUCAACACACCCGGUCUCGCGCUCUACUCCAUCCCAGGGGUGUGGUUCAUCGCGUUCUACCCCUCGUUCGUCCGGUUCCUGAAGCUGUCGAGCACCAUCGGCUGGAACAAUGUCCAGCCGCGCUCCAACAUGGCGCGCCUGAAGGACAACCAGAAGCUCGACCAGGCCACGCGCGACCGCCUCGCGCGGAUGAUCGGUGCGCACGAGAACGGCAUGGAGAACCUGCCGCUUUGGAUCGGUGCCGUCCUCGCAGGGUACACUGCCGGCAUCCCGCACAGCACGCUCAACACGUUCGCCGUCGGGUACGUCGGCCUGCGCCUCCUGUACAACUUCAUCUACAUCAACCAGACCACCGAGGCUGUCGGCAACCUCCGGUGGGCCCCCCACCUUUUGCACGUCUGGAAUUCUCGCUGA